UUGAAACAUUUGUAGAUUUAAUGAAUCUAAAAACUAGUAAAUUCAAUAAAUUUAUGAAUGCAAUUUUAAAUACUAAUAAAUUUGGAAUAGCAAUAAAUUGCUCACAACACACCAAGUAUUUUGUAAAAUGUUCAAUUCUGUCAUUCUUCCCGCCAAAAUGAUGAUAUUUUGGAAUCUGUUUCACUGUUUGGUUAUGUUUAUUUUAUCUGUUGAUACAUGAACAUUCUCUGUAGUUUUAUCUCUAUAUUCCACAAUUAUAUCUUAUGUUCCAAAAUUUAAAUACAAAUUAUUAUUAGUAUUCAGUUUUAUCAUGAAUUUCCUAGUCAAAGUUGUAUAUUAUUUCAUAACUUGACUCCAACUGCCAGUAAGGUUAGGUUAUUCAGUUCCAGCAGUAACCUACAACAUUUUGUAAAAAAUGGCUAUAUAUUAGUUGAUUCCUUUAAUUUGUUUCAAUUAAGUUGGUUCAUCUUAUAACUGCUUUUGUCCCACUCUUAUUCUCUUGAACGCUCCAAUUUUUAAAAAUCAGUUACAUCAAGUUUUAUUUGUACCACUUGUCAAUAAGAUGGAGGCUAUUGCAUGGCCAAGAGAUUUUCCUGAAUUCAAGAAGCUGGAUAAUCUCUUGCGGUGUGGAAUCUGCUAUGAGUACAUGAAAAACUGCAUGAUGACAUCAUGCUCUCAUAAUUAUUGUUCGUUAUGUAUACGGAAGUAUAUGCAAUAUAAAUCCGUAUGUCCGGCCUGUUUUGAGGAAACUUUUGAAGUCAACUUGCGAAACAAUCGACCAAUCGACGAUUUGAUAUCAAUCUAUUGCACAAUAAGAGACAAGCUAUUCAGGCAUUUGAGACUGUCAACAGUCCAUUUACAGCCUCUGCAAAAUGAUGUGAGCAAACCGGUUGAAAACUGUGAAAAGGAAAUCGCUCCUCAAUCUUCUGACAAUUUUACGUCUCCUAUUCUAAAAGGCCUUAAAAACUCAGAUGUAUUGAAAAAAUCCAGCAAAGGUUCACAAGGCAUUAAGAAGAAUUUGAAUGAUGCGUUCAAUCAGAAAGUGACAGUAGAUAAGAUACCUGUUGAAUCGAAGCCAUCCACAUCCAGUAAGGCUGCUGAGGAAAUGCCGUCCACAAGUCGCAAAUCGCCCGUUAAAAAGAUACCAGAAAUCUUUUAUAGUCCAAAGAAAGCAGCCUCGUCGGUUAGUUCAUCUCCAGCCAAUGUUGUCAAAGUUCCAUGUCCAGUCUGCAAUGUUGACAUUCCCGAGAGAAACAUCAAUGGCCAUUUGGACUCCUGCCUCGCACGAGAUGGUGCUCCCAAAACGUUGAACGUGCCAAGCAGAAGAAGUCCCAUUCCAAAGCGUGUUUACAAUAUGAUGUCAGAUAAGGAUUUGAGGAAAUGGCUGAAAACAUAUGGGCUGAAUUCAAUUGGCGAUAAGAAAACACUCAUCAAUCGGAUACAAAGAUACACGGUUCUCUAUAAUUCUGAAUGUGAUUCAGACCAUCCACGAUCAUCAGCCGAUAUUAUUCGUCAGGUUGAGAUGGAGGAAAAACAAGAGAAGGGCAUUGGCAACCCAGGUCUACCUACUACAGUGAGAAAGAUAAACAAGAAUUCUGAUCAAAAGCUUAUUGAAGAGGAGAAUAAAAAGUAUCUGGAAAAGAAUAAAGCCAGCUUUGAAAAUCUUAUCAAAACCAUGAAAGAGAGAAAUGGGACAAAUAUCAAACCCACCAAGCGUAUCAACGUAAUUGCUGAUAGUGAUGAUAGUGAUCCAGAAAUCAACAGUUAUUUCUCCAAAGAAACCAUGCAAAUAGAAGAUGAACGUCCAUGCUCGUCAGGAUAUCAACCAAAAAAAGAGAAUAGAACGGUGAAAGCUACAGUGAAUCUUCAUAAAGAAACAAAUGAAAGAAGCGACGAUUUCAAAAUCGUGUUGCCGCAUUUUCUCGCUCAAUCUCCAUCGCCCGACUUGAGUGCAAACCAAGAUGAGUCUCUCAUUGACAUGAUUGAAUUACCAGAGAGUCCCACAAAGAAUGCAAAGGGUUUGAAGAAUGUGCACUUUGUGGACGAUGCAUGCAACUCGGACGAUAGUGAUAAUAGCAUCAGCCUUCUCGCCAACUGCCAAGUUCUCCUACAAGAAAACAAACCUUCUACUAUUACUGCAAGUGAAAGGGCUGAUGACGACAAUGAUGAUGAUGAUGAUGAUGAUGAUGAUGAUGAUGAUUAUGAAGAGAACGAAGAUGUUUACUACAACGGAGUUGCUAAUGAUGACUGUAAAAAACAUCAACUGGUAACAGAGUCACAAAUACUUGAUCCUGAUUUCUUAAUUACCGAAUCACAACUUACAGAAGCCAAAGAAGAUGAAAGCGAAGAUGAAUUCACACCAAAAUGGCCAAUGAAGAGACCAAAAAUGACAAUUAAUCAGAAAACACCAACAAGUUCCAAGAAGCCAACUCCCCGAUCUGAUAGAAGUAAACAAAAAAAUCUAACACCAAAAUCCAGACAAUCUCGAACAUCUGAUUCAGAUCUAGAUGAGACUAAAUCAUUCUUGGAAGAUGACUCAGUUGUGCAGCAAUCUGGUGGUGGAGACCAGGUUGCCACCAAAUAUCAACUUUCUCCUCCGCUAUCAAAAUCGUUGAAAAGCGAAAGUUCAAGCUCCUUGCAAAGUUUUCCCGACUUAGAGAAUGUUGAUCCAGAUAGUUUGAAAGUAUCAACUACGCCAACGAGCCGGAAUGAUUCAACUGCCAGGCAACCUUCCACUCGCAAUAAAAGGCAACGAAUUGGUAGUACAGGUGAUAGUGAACCGAUUCAAACGCCAAAAAGAAUACUGAGACAAAGAACAAAAUGAUCUUCUAUAAUAAUGUGCACAGUAAAUAAUAUAAAUGUAAUUGUUGCAACAAAGAACUUCUAUGUUCAUGUCAUAUACCAUGAUUUAAAUAAUUAUAUCAAGGUUCUUCAAAUAAAAUAUUCAUUUUAGGCAUGAAAACAUGUUUCAAUAACGUUGAACAUUGUAAAGACUUUUCAGUCAUAAUUAAAAUUGAUAGACUUUUACAUUUAAUAAUGACAAAAACAAUUUUUAUGUAUCUUAUAUAUUCUAUACAUCCUGUAAGGACUUAAUCUAGGUAUUUGUAUUUUCCAUAUCAUUUUUUGUAGUAUUAUUCUUAUAAAAUUGAGAUUUUGCUUUGAGAGAUUUUCAAUUUUUUAUCCAUUGCCUUGGACAAGCCUCUUAUAAACUAUAAUAAUUGUCUUUGAUAAAUUUUUUUUAUUUCUUGAUUAAGUCCUCUGGACUUCAUGCUGGCCAAUAAUGAAAUAUCAGUUAUAAUAAAAAUUGGUGUAGGCUUUCACAUUUAUUAAUGCCAGAGAUAAGUUUUAUGUAUCUUAUAUAUUCUAUAUAUUAUAUCCUGUGAGGAUUUAAGUUUAUUUAAGUAUUUUCAAAGCUGUAUUUUCCGUACCAUUUGUAGAAUUAUUAUUCUUAUAAAAUGACUUGUUAUGAGAG